AUGAGCCACCAGCAACAGCCCCCUCCACCCCCUCAGCCACCACCCCCUGUAUUCUUCCCUUCCCUCUAUGACCGAACUACCCACAGCACUAACCUAGCCGAUUGCGCCCUCUGGCGGAAGCUUUUUGUGCCAUUGCGAGGAGGGGAAGCAGCACCAGCUGGGCCUCAGCGCCCUCCCCCUGGACUUGGGCUCCUUCCACUCACAAGUGAGCGUUGCUGCCCCCCUCCCUGGCCAGCUGGCCUGGCUCCCAUUCCCUAUGAGCCCUUGCGCUUCUUCUGUCCUGCUUCAGAGAGCACUGAGGCACACCAGCAACAACAGCCAGAUGGGGAAAUCUGUGAGCUUGGCAUCCGUCUGAAGGAGCUGGAACUGCUGGCCCUCACGGGGGAUGGCUCAGACCCACAGCAGUAUAAGCUUCUGAAGGCACUAAAAGAUGAAAAGACACAAGAUGUAAUGACAGGACUGACCCUGAAGAAACAUUCGCCUGCAUCAUGA